GUGGUAAAAUCCUGCGUUUGAAGUUGUGCAAAAUUUGGAUACCCUCUAUUGCUCCUACUCUUCAAAAUCAAGCAUUAAUUUAUGUCAAUGCUUUUUUUACACCAUUGGAAAUUUUGAGAUGCUUAUGUGUUGGGAUACGAAAACUGUGCAAUUUUUUUCCAUGCUAUAAAUCACAUCACGCAUCAAGUUUAACAAUUUCUUUGAUAAGUGGUUUUGGAAAACAGUUGAUUAUCUGGAAAAAUGACAUCAAUUUCUCGGAAUUUUUACAGAAGACCUUUUCCGUUUGCAUACUUGUCGGCAGUAGUACAUUUCAUUGUACUGUUGUGCAUUUAUAACACGUAAAAGCUGACGCUGUAUAUCUUCGUUGAUCUCAUAAUUUACGCAAGUUAAAUAUUUGAAUCUUUUUAAUAACAUGACUUGAUUGUGUAGUAGACAAGUUGGUAUGCGCAUGUGCGUGGCACCAGCCAAAUAUGGCGACGGAUGGCUCCAAGUCGAGUGUAAAUUCUGGGGGACUUGUCAGAGUUGGAUUUUAUCAUUUAGAGAAAACCAUCGGCAAAGGAAACUUUGCUGUGGUCAAGUUAGCCACUCACAUAAUAACCAAAACAAAGGUUGCUAUCAAAAUUAUAGAUAAAUCUCAUUUGGAUGAAGAUAACCUUAAGAAAAUUCUACGUGAAAUUGAAAUCAUGAAAGUUUUACAUCACCCUCAUAUAAUUGCUCUAUAUCAGGUUAUGGAGACGGAGCGAAUGAUAUAUUUAGUUACAGAGUAUGCUAGCAAUGGGGAAAUUUUUGAUCAUUUAGUUGCCCAUGGCAGAAUGAGUGAGAAAGAAGCUAGGCAUAAAUUCAAGCAAAUAUUAACAGCCAUUCACUAUUGCCACGAAAGGAAUGUUGUACAUCGCGAUCUAAAAGCUGAAAAUUUGUUGCUAGAUGAAAAUAUGAAUAUUAAAAUAGCUGAUUUUGGCUUUAGCAAUUACUAUGAGUGUGGGAAGAUGUUGUCAACAUGGUGUGGAAGUCCCCCAUAUGCUGCUCCAGAAUUGUUUGAAGGAAAGCAGUACAAUGGACCAAAAGCUGAUGUUUGGAGCCUGGGAGUUGUCCUGUAUGUUCUAGUCUGUGGAGCCUUACCAUUUGAUGGCAGUACGUUGCAUUCUCUAAGAAACAGAGUGUUAGCUGGAAAGUUUCGUAUACCUUAUUUUAUGUCUACUGAAUGUGAGAUUCUUAUUAGGCACAUGCUUGUUGUCGAUCCUGCAAAGAGGUUAUCCAUUGAUCAGAUUAUUAAACAUAAAUGGAUUGUUCAAGAACCAGAUGAGCAGUUCGAUAAAACCUUAAAAAAAUACAGUAUUAAUAGUGAGAAAGAGGAAGAAGAACAGCUCUGUGAAGUUGUUAUUGACUAUAUGUUACAGUUACCUGCAUUUAAAAGAGAAGAUAUAGUAAAUUCAGUCAAAGGAACUAAAUUUGAUCAAUAUAGUGCAAUGUAUCAUUUGUUAUUGGAAAAAAUAAAAGCACAUCAGCGAAUGGCACUUUUACCCCAAAAUUUACCUGUUGCAUCUCAGCCCCAACGGAAAGCAAGCAUAACCACAGGUGUAGUUGAAAAGUCCCCUCCUGCUGAUUCGAAUGUUGAAGUUGAUCAACAAGCUACUGUGAAGCCCAUGUUUAGUCCGAUACCCAUUGUACAACUUGUUACAGAAAAUCUUGAAAAGUUUGGUGAUGUUGAACUGGAAUCUGAUGAAGAAGACAGAAGAACAGAAACAGCACAGUCUCAGUACCAUGUGGUUAGGCGUCAUACAGUUGGUCCAGAUAAUGCUGAUGCCCCAGAAGCUGGUGCAGUUGGUGGUGACCUGUUUCUUCCACGAGGUGGACCUAUGUAUGGCACUACUCUUCACCCAGGCACUGCUCUGCCUCUCAGUGCCCUUCCUCAUACAAAUCUUCCCCUGAAUUUGCCACUUGUUCAAAAUCAGCCCCCUCAAGUGUUUUGUGUCAAAGAUCAGCAUUUACUCAAGCCUCCUCAAGUGCUCGGUGCAGUUGGAGGGCUUGGAAGACGUGCUUCAGAUGGUGGCGCCAAUGUUCAAACAACAACAAUGUACAAUCAACGCAAAGUCAUUCCUGGGCAACAAGGGCAGUCACCUAGUAAAGAAAGACCAUAUACAAUAUCACCAAACAGCACAUUGCCUCAAGGUCUUCAAGCAUUAGCACUACAAGAAGAUGAGGGCCAAGAACAGGAGGAGCAAUUAGCACAAUCUUCUGUUCAAGGUUACUCUGUAUGGGAGCAACCUCAGAAUUUCCGUAUUGGAAUAAACCCACCAGAGGAAGUGCAGAAAAAAGUUCCUCCUAUGAAGCAGAGAAGAACAGGAUUGUUAACUGUUUUAGAGAAGCAACCUGCAAAGUAUAGAUAUUGCCAGCAACUACAUUUAUUCUUAACUCCAUCAGAGUACAACAAUUACUGUGGAGUCAAUGGUGGGCGAGAAAGUUUAAGAGACACUGCUUCAGUUCAAACAACCUCUGGGCGUUACUCCCCGGUUCGAAGAGCUAGUGACGGCUGCUCUCCUGUUUCCUAUUACAGAAAUCAAUUAGAUCGGCUUUAUUACCAAACCCUAACUGGACAUCAAGCGUCACCCGAUAGUUUUCAAGCCCUUUUACAAGAAUAUCAGCAGUUGCAGCAGCUACAUUCAGGUGGUAUGGAUUCUAGGGUGACGGCAGAAAUGCAACGACAACAUUGUUUGCAUAUCCAGCAGAUGGCACAGCUUCAGCCAUCUGGGUACUUAACUUCUAUAUCUUCCCCACCAUCUAUUGCUGGUUCUCCUAUUCAUCAGGCUCAACCUAAUAUAGGUGGUUCACCAUCCGCCUUAUCUCAGCACCUUCAAAAACUUCACCUACAGCAUCAAGGUGGUCCAAUGAGCUUUACUGGACUUGAAUGUCCUCUUCAAGCAUUCCAAAGGAUACAAGCCUUAUCUACUCCUCAUCAUACCAGUCCUACUGCCUCAGUUCCACCUUCAAUAUUUCCUCCUGAUACUUCUCCUACUCGAUUACCAGGCAUUUCAUCCACUAGUUCAUCCCCACAAAGUCCUUAUCCAGACUCUCCUACCUUAUAUUCUUGUCCUACAAGUUUUUCAACUCAACAGACUGGUAGUAGUCCUCCACCUGUUGGUUAUCCAAAUUUAGACAUGAUCCAGGAAGACAUAACUGAACAUAUAAUUCCUGGAGGAAGUGACUCUAUGUUAACUGUUGUUACCAACAGUGAUAGUGCAAGGUCUUCUCCAACAUGCCAACAAAUGGGGUUUCCCCAGAUCAGUAUUACUGACGAGACAGGGCAGAUUACUGUCUCAUCUACAUCUUUGACUGGUCAGAGUAUUACUCGAGAGACUGUGUCUCACAAGCAACCUCUGCAGAGGCAGAAAAGUGAAGUUGUGCAACUGACUAUGCCAAAGCGUUACCAGUUAUCUACUGGCGUAGAUGAACAUGUUGUUCGAGCGGGACGUCGCGCAUUUGUUCGGCAAAGUAGUCGAGAGGCCGAGGACAGAGAUAUAGCUACCGAGUUUGCAAUGUGUGGGAGUUCAAAAUCAUUGCUAAGAUGGGCAACCAAGCAGUCUAUUCGACAAUCGUACGUGCAUGCCAAACAUUUGCGGCAGACUUUUCCACCCAUUGGACACAUUUCUUCUUCUUUAGGAAAGAAGUUGGGUCGUCAGUCUUUGGGCCAACACAUCUCUACUAGUGAUCCUACUCCUAAUCCUUGGGCAGGGAAGCCAUCUAAUUGGUGGAGCAAGAAAACUGUUUUCAGAGAGCACCAACUGCAUAAAACACCUAGCGGUAGUGUUCAUGUCUCUCUUCCCACUACAGAACGAUCGUUUACUUGCGAAGCAGAUAUUUUGCAAGAGAUUCAGCAACAGUUAGACCCUAUAGUCCGAGGUUUAUCGAUGAUGCUGCAAAGAUCAGAACGAGGGCUAGCCGUUGAGCACCCUGCAGGUGUUCAAAUUGAAUUACAAGUCUGUGAUGGUCCACAUCCUGAUGACAAGCGGUUAAAGAUGCGAAGAAUAUCUGGUGAUAGCUUGCAGUAUAAUGAAAUUUGUAGGGAACUAAUUAAUGGUAUUAAUAUAUGAAUAAAAAAUACCAUACUUACAUUGAGCUUUUUGCAUACUAUUGCCAUAUUCUUCCACUUCCGUUAUGUGUUAGUCUCAUGGUAAUACAAUUUCUCUGAAUUGGGGAUGUUUGCUAGUCAGAAUACUGAUUCAUUCCCUUUCUGAUUCUAGAAUUAAGCUGAUCCUAUUUAUUGAGAACUUUCUAUAGAAAACAUAUCCAUGAAGUUGCUCAGCCUGUAUAGCGAUUUUAUGAAAGAUGUUGCUGCACAUUUUUUUUCCGGUGAAUGCUACUGAAACGUUAAAAUGUGCAUGGGUUUCUGGACCAAUGAAAGUAAAUUGUUCAGCAGGGAUGUUGCUCAAUGUAAUAAAAUGUUGGCCUUCUCAGGGCUUAACUUUAUAACAAUCAAGUUAUGUGAGAUAGACAUUGAGACUAUUUGUAAUAUAUGUAUAUAUAUUAUAUAUGUAAUGUUCUUGUUAUUGGUUUAAAAUACCAUUUUGUUGCUUACGAUAUGUAUAUUCAAAUGUGUGUAAUGUUUUAGUCUGAUGUAGGUAAAUUUAUAAGACAUUUGUUGUGUUUAAAUUUUUAAAGUAAUUUUAUUCUUUACUGACAAGUAAAAAGUGAAAUUUUUGCAGUUUUAGUAAAUAAUAGAAAAUUUCUCUUUCUGAAGCAGAAUUAGUUGCAACUUUAUGUGUCAACAAAUGUUAAUGCUAAAUAUAUUACCAUAAGAGUAGAGCAAUUGAAAUAGAUUGUACAAUUUUACUUCCUAAAUCACCAGUUAAAAAAUAAAACUACUGGAUAAUAAAAAGCACAAUCUAUUUAAUUCCACAUCAAUCACUAAUAAUGUCAGUAAUUUAUCAGGUACAAGUUUUGGAUUUGAUAGUAAUUUAUGAAAUAUCUGGUUCCUGCUGACUAUUCAAGUUCCAUAAAUGUUGCACUAAUAUACUUUUUAUUCAGUUUUAUUGCUAAAUUUUUAACAUUGUAUUUAUUCUUUGUUUCAAUUAUUAUUUGUUUUUUCACACCUGAAAUAUCUUUUUAAAAACGGUUUUUUAGAAACAAAAAUGCUUUGAUGCUUUUUACAAUGUUUUCUUUUUUUUUUUUUUAAUGCUUUCUAUUCAAUGUAAUUAUAUUUGAUAGAAAUUAAAAAAAAAAAGAAAAAAAAUGUCUUAAAUAAGUUUCUUAUGCUUGUAAGCUUUUACUGCUUAUUUAAAAUAUCUAUCCAUUCUCUUCCUAAUUUGCAUUUAGCACAUUUAGUAAGCUUCUAAAACUUCUUUUGUCAAGUGGGGUAAAAUGAUUGAUUUUGCAAAUUUUGUAUUCAUUUUAAAAAAAUGUUUUUAAAAACAAACAAUUUAGGUGUUUAUUAUUGGUUUGACUUAAUUUUGAUUCAAGAAAAUAUCCAGUGGCAACAAUUAGUUUAGUGAGAGCGCCAUCUGGUAAAUCUUUUUAUCUUAUACUAUCAAUUUCAUCAAAUAGUCUUUGUCAACUGAAAAAGUCAAGAAAGGAAACGAACAGACAAGAAAAACUAUCUAUUUUUGUGAAAUAUGUUCCAAAUUUUUAGGUGGGGUGAAAUGGGUGUAAGAUUAAGCAUAACUAUGUAAAACUUUAAAUAGUACUUUUUCAUUAAAAAUUUUAUCAUAUUUAAAGGAUAGUUAUAUUGUUGUACUUUUAUUCUUUAAAAUCCUUGUCUUUAAUAUUUAUCUUGACACAAACAAUAAUUACAUUAAUACCUUAAUAGUUCAGCUGCAUAGCCAAAAAAAAAAAGUUUGAAGGGUAUUGUCCUUUUCUGUGGUCAAAAAAUAAAGAUAGUUUCAAGGUAGGGAUAUAUCCCUCUUUGCAUACACCCCUGCUGUUUAAAAGCAAUACAUUACAUUUUGUGAUGUGUUUUAGAAUUAAAUUUUUUAAAGACUUAUGCUGAAAACAUACUUAGCAAGAGGCAGCAAAACUUUUUCAGAUGAUUUGAAUAUUGCUUGCAGAAAAAUGGCUGAUGGAAUAUGAAUUUUUAAAGUUUUUUAACGAAUAUUCAGAGCUGUUAGUAAACACAGAGAUGCAUUGAGAAACCCAAAACAAAAACUCCAAAAA